CACCAAGGUAUGAGUAAGAUCUCUCAAAAAUCUGCCUUCAUCCGCAACUGAAAUGGCGAAUACCCAUAUUUUUCUCCUUCUUUGAAUAAAGCAAGAACUCUUCUUGAGUUCUGUGUAGUUAUUUUUUUACUUUUUUAUCGAAUACUGCUUUUUAUGGGAUUUGUUUUGACGCUUCUGCUGACACGAAAGUGUUUUCUAUUAUAGGAUUCAACAUGGUGCGAAUUAAUGUAUUAAGCGACGCUCUCAAUUCCAUAUGCAAUGCUGAAAGACGAGGAAAGCGUCAAGUUCUUCUACGGCCCUCCUCGAAGGUUAUAAUCAAGUUUUUAACCGUGAUGAUGAAACACGGUGAGUGACUCGAAACUUUGUUUUUCCCCAAUGUAGCAUUUAAGAAAUCUACCCAUUAAUGUUCCUCGAACACGUGGUUAUACUGCAUAUAAAUACAGCAAGGGUAGUUUAAAGGUAAUCCAGUCUUACGGCCUUCGCAUAUCUCAUGGUCCUUUUCUCGUUAUUUGAUUUUUCACCGAAAAGUGUGUCAAUUUUGACCCAAGCUUUCAAACUGUUCUUCUCUAUCAGCUAGGUCAGAUGAACGGCCUGGUUACGACCUGUAGGAGUGCAUGUAAAUUCUUAUCGCGCAUUAUUUUGACAAUUUGGCCAAGAAUUGUGGUUGGAGAUAUUUUGUUGAGCACUUUUUACCAUAUGAUAGAUUUUGAUGCAUAACAAUGUAAAAUAUUAUUUGUGGUGGGAAAUUGGGAAUUGUAUCUCUCUGUAUGGGUUUUCCCCUGAAGGAUCGCCACCUUGUCAGUAGGCUUGAGUGCCUUGGAGACCCCUAGAACUAUGCUGGCGGGAGGUUUGUCUCCUGGUAGGGCUACCCAAGCCUGACAGGUCGAAGGGUAGAGGUCUAAUGAAGUGUGAUCCACUGGUCUUCCAGGUUAGGGGGUUGGGCACAGGGCUAACAACCCUGUCCUGUAAAACACCCAUGUUACGGAAAUGGCAAAAUGCUGCCCUACAUGCCACACGGCAUAAUGGGCAUGAGUGAGUGUGAGUGUGUGUGGUUUUUUGACACCUCAAGUGUAUAUAACCUUUUACUAUCACAACUGAUGGUUUUGUAUAUUAUUUUGCUCAUCUCAGGUUAUAUUGGUGAAUUUGAAAUUGUGGAUGAUCACAGAUCAGGCAAGAUUGUUGUUAACCUUACUGGACGUUUGAACAAGGUUAGUACUGUAUUGUCGCUAUGCAGAUAGAGGUGAAAAGAGAUUAUUUGAGUGAUGAAAGUCUUGCACUAAACAGUCUUAAACACUUAAAAAAAAAAAACAAAAAUUAACCAUCAUGAAAAAUUUGCCAUUUUGGGCUACCUCCUCCAGGUAUUGCAGAAGUUGCUUACUAAGUGUUGUUUUGUAGUGGAAGAAAACUACUUUAUAAAUACAAGAUAAUUUGGUUCUAUCAACUGAGCAAAGGAUAGUGCACAAAGGGUGAGUAAGUUGCAUUAUCAACUCGGGUUGUAAAAUCAAAUUAUCUUGUAUUACCUUCCAUCAACACAACACCACAUUUUCUUUAGAAACUUUCCUCCUUUAUUCAUUUAUUUCAUAAAUGAUCUUUACAGAGAAAAGCAAAACCACUGAUUUCUUUGAAACUCUUUCUGCUGUGAUUGUUUCUUUUUCCCCAUGUUCUUUGUUCUCGUAGGAUCCAUAUCUUUAUACUCAUAAGUACAUUUAGGGCAGUAUUUCAGUCAUAUAGAGUACAUAAAGGAGUUUCUCUGAUAUGAUCAACCAAUAAUUUUGGUACUGUUUUCUUUUUCUUUUUUUCAGUGUGGUGUCAUAAGUCCUCGCUAUGACUUGAAAGUUCAUGACAUUGAACAGUGGGCAAGCAAUCUUCUACCAUCAAGACAGUUUGGGUAAGUAUUAGUAUUGCUAAGAUGAAAGUAUUUCAGACUAAAUGGAAGACUUCAGCAGUAUUGCAUUAGGUUUAGAACCAUGUAUCUGAAGGGUCAAUAGUGCCAGCCACCCUUUAAAUUACAAUUCACUUGAUGUCCCAGUAGUUUUUGUUGUUGGACAGCAAUUUGCAUGGAUGGUUGUUUUUCCCCCCUUUCAAACAACUAGGCCGGGAAUCAAAGAUGGAAUUUACAUUGUUUGAAAUGAAGCUUUGUUUAUGCUCCUUCAAUAACUUGCCAGUGACAUCAAAUGGUAAAUGGUUUUAAGCGGCAAUCCAUUUCCUAGUGUGACUCUCCAGGUGAGUUUAGUGAGGAUAUGGCCCACUGGAGACACUGACUGAUUGUGCAAGUGGGCAAGAGAAAAGAUUUGUUUCUUGUUUCUUAGAUGAUGACACAGCAAGAGUACUUGCUCAUAAAAUAGUUGCCUUUUUUUAAUUUAAUGCCAACAUUGUUGUUGCAGAUACCUUGUGAUCACCACAUCGAGUGGCAUCAUGGAUCAUGAAGAAGCCAGAAGAAAGCACACUGGUGGAAAACUUCUUGGGUUUUUCUACUGACUGAAAUCGUUAUAAAUAAACAGAGAAAAAUUCUGUGUAAAGCCUUUUUUUGGAUUCACUUGGUUGUAUAUGUUGCAGUUCUCACUGAUGGAAAUUUUCUUGUCCCCCUGCAAAGCUGAUGCUCAGAUUAGUA